CUUUUACAUCACCGGUUCAAAGAAAGUGGUCUGGAGGGGCGGCUAGAGAUGCUCUUAUAUUAGACAAACAUGUAGUACCUUCAUCAGCAGUAGGUCUUCGGAAGAGUUUUGACGUGGUCCUUAUUCUUUCUUAGGUUUGGCUACGGCACAUCUAAAUACAUCUAGAUAUGGUACGUCUAGAUGUGCUGUUCUUUUUGUAGCUGGGAGGGAUCCAGCUUGGAUCACCACCAACACCAGGUGCACUGUUUUUACAGAGACUAUUAAGAGAACUUAGCGAUUCCCAAAUUUUAAAAACCUGCUGUGGAAGACAAAAGUGUACAUCGGCGACUAGCUAGAAGCCUUUCUUCGACGCGGCUGGGCCAAUAAACUGAAUAAAGUAUACCACACCAGUCUCCACGGAACAACGACGGGAGGUAGCAGUACAGCAGACGACUUGCGUGGCACACUCGCGUUAUGUGUGCGCGAGACCGGACUGGUCAAAGGUUUGAGCAAGAGGGGCCUUCCAAGCCAGCCAGCCGCCGGAGAAACUCGCAAGGCCUCCGCCACUUAUAAACGCGGAGGAGGAGCAGCGGCAAGAAACAAACGGCCCGGUGCAGACAGCCACCAAACCAGAGGGGAAGAAAAAAGAGGCCCUCGUUCGCCUAACUCCAUUAGCCCAUAGCCAUGCCUCUCUUGAUAUGCCACCGGCUGCUGCUGCUUCUCCUCCUCUGGGUCGCCGCCUCCCAUGGCGAUUCAUCCGAUGAUGGGGCUUACGACCCCUCCAUGUGCCUGAAUCAAACUUACACAUGCGGGGACGUGAGGAUCAGCUACCCGUUCUAUCUCGUCGGGAAGACAAAAGAUCUCAGGGGCAACGACAACUCCUACUGCGGCUACCCUGGCCUGGGGAUCCUCUGCGACGACAACAAGCCCAUCCUGCAGCUCAACGGCACCGCCAACUACACGGUCAAGGGCAUCGACGGCGCGCUCGCAACCGUCUCUCUAGCCGACCCGAACGUCGACGACGACCUCAACCCCUGCCCGAGACCAAGAAUCGGCCGCAACGUCACUUUUCAAGAGGGAUCGCCGCUGUACUUUCCUGACAGCACGGUCGAUUACCUUAUCUUCUUCAUCGGCUGCAACUUCAACUUUACCUUCUACAAACCGAGUAGCAUCUACCCGAUCAGCUGCCAAAGCUUUGAAGAUGGUCCUGGUCCUGGGCUAUCGUUCGUGCUUCCGGAUGAUGCAGUGCCCGCCGGCAACUGGGUGCAAGCGUGCAACCAAGUCAUACAAUUGCCUGUGCACAAAUACGGCGAGAUCAACUUUACUGACCAUGGAUGGACAAACGGGAGUGGAUAUGCCAAUCUUCUUCGUCAGGAAUUCCAGCUGGGAUGGAACGAGAGCGCAAAGGACCCGGCAUGUAUCCAGUGCGAGGGAUCCAAUUCCAAGGGACAGUGCGGUUACAGUCGGACCGGCGAUUUCAUCGGCUGCUUGUGCCCUGACGGCCUAGUACACUCCGAUAAUA